CCCUGUGACCUCCGACUGGGCUGCUGACUGCAAAACCAAUGACAUACGAUGUUAUUAAUGACAGUGAGUUGAGGAACAUUUUGUGGGCAUUUAUUAAAUAAGGCCAUUGAUCGGCAGGUAAUUUAUACUAGGGAGUAUUAGAUUGUAUACAUAUAUCUUUUAAUAUAAAUUUGCAGUAUAAAGCCUAUUUGGUUUACAUGUUUAAGGUUGUCUCACUGACAAGCCAAAUUAUAAGAAGCAGGAUAUAAAUACAGGAGAGAGAUCAUGUGAUGGAGUGAGUCUGACUUGACGUGUUGUGAUCGCGCGCACGCACGCACGCACACACACACACGGAGCAGACACACGCCGUGCGAGGUUCAGUCACACUAAACACACACCCACAUAUAAUCGGGGAGGCGUCGCCUGCUAUUGUUGCCACCACAGCUGCUCCUGCUGCCUGUGGAGAUGCAGUGAGAAAGGUCCUUGAUGCCUCUGGAGCUUCUCCUCCCACACUCCGGCCUGUUUUCCUCGUUCUUCCACCAGCGCUGAGAUAAUGAAAGGAUGGCGGAGCAGAGAUGCGGGGACCAGGACCGCGCAGGACUAACAGAUGCUGCUGCGGAUGCAGGAAGCAGACGGGAUGAGAAACUACCACCACCUCCACGGCUGCGGAGAGCCAUGAGCACGGCGGAGGAGGCAGCAGAGGAAGGCCUUUCUCUGGAGGAGAUACUGAGACUUUACAACCAGCCCAUCAACGAGGAGCAGGCAUGGGCGGUGUGUUAUCAAUGCUGCAGGAAGCUGGCGAGGGAGCACGGUAGGAGCAAGAGGAGCUGUGCGGUGGACGGAGCAUCACCAUCAGCGGAGCCGACGAGGAAGAUCUGUGGACCCGGGGAUGUGAGGAUACAGAAGGAUGGGUCUGUGAGGAUAGCACAGCAGGGAAAAGAUAAAUGCAGCCCCUGCUCAACAACAGAGGUAAUUGAGUCUUUAGGCAUCAUGAUCUACAAGGCUCUGGACUUUGGGCUGAAGGAGAAUGAAGAGAGGGAGCUCAGUCCUCCUCUGGAGCAGCUCAUCGACCUCAUGACCAACAUGACUGAAGCCUCCAGGGACGCCUGCCCUGACGAGGGCUAUGAGGCCACAGAGGAAGAGGAUGAGGCAGAGGAGGAUGACCCAAACAAUAUCUACAGUGUUCAUGGAUACAGAGAUAUCCUCAAGCUCUGUAGAGCUCAUCUCCCCGGUCUGUCCGACGCCCACAGUCACUACCAGGCAGUGUGCCGGGCUCUGUACACAGAAACCAGGGAGCUGAACACGUUCCUGGAAAAGAUCAGGAGUGCCAAAGAGAACCUACGUAAGAUGGAAUCAUCGGAGGAGCCUGUCCGUGAUCUGAACGAGCUGCAGAACGCUGACUGGGCUCGGUUCUGGGUUCAGGUGAUGAGGGACCUGAGAGAAGGAGUGAAGCUGAAGAAGGUGCAGGAGCGUCAGUACAACCCUCUGCCCAUAGAGUACCAGCUCACCCCUUAUGAGAUGCUGAUGGAUGACAUCAGAUCCAAACGGUACAAAUUGCGAAAGGUCAUGGUUAACAGAGACAUCCCACCCAGAUUAAAGAAGAGCGCUCAUGAAAUCAUCCUAGAGUUCAUCAGAUCCAGACCCCCCCUCAAUCCUGUCUCAGCCCGUAAGCUGAAGCCACAGACUCAGCCUCCUCCUACGCUGCAUGAGCGAAUCCUAGAGGAGAUCAAAUCAGAGAGGAAGCUGCGACCAGUGUCACCUGGUGAGGUCCGAAGAGGACGACUCGGUUAUGGCAAAACUCGCAGCAUGCCGCAAGAUUUGUUCCGUACAGGAACAGAUGAGUUUAGUCCCUACAUGGGUAGACGGACAUCCAGCUCUCUCUCUCUGACCAAUGGAAUGGCAUCUCCCAGGUCAGAACCCACAGGAUCUCAGUCUGCACCACAGAGGAAAAGGCUCCUGAAAGCUCCCUGCCUGGCUGAGCUGGACAGCUCUGACUCUGACGAAGAGGUGUUUGGGCGAAAGUCAGCCAGCAGUUCCAGUGUCGCCACAUCUCUGAUGGAUGAUACGUCUCCAGAAACUGCGAUGGGCAAGAAAACCCCACCCAUGUUCCUGCCCAUCUCAUCUACACCCCAGCCCGAGAGGCGUCAGACCCCUCAACGGAGACAUUCCAUCGAGAAGGAAACCCCAACCAAUGUGAGGCAGUUUUUGCCUCCGUCCAAACAAAGCUCCAGGUCUUUGGAGGAGUUCUGUUUCCCCGUGGAGUGUCUGUCUUUGACUGUGGAGGAGGUGAUGCACAUCAGACAGGUGCUGGUCAAGGCCGAGUUGGAGAAGUUCCAGCAGUACAAGGAAAUCUACAACGCCAUGAAGAAAGGAAAGCUUUGCUUCUGUUGUCGAGCCAAAAGGUUUUCGUUUUUCACUUGGUCCUACAUCUGCCAGUUCUGCAAAAAACCCGUGUGUUCACAGUGCUGCAAAAAAAUGCGGCUUCCGUCCAAACCGUACUCCAGCCUCCCCAUCUACUCCAUCGGCUCCUCCAACACUUUGCCCAGGGAGAGAAUAAACGCCAUGGCUGCUGUGGGACAAGGACUUUCUGUUGCUGGAGGACAGGGGACAUCAGCUGAUGGAGGUCCAACAGCGCCCCCUGCUGCCAAAAAGGCAACAACAAGAGCAUCCAAAAGAGCUGCAAAGAUAUCUGGAGCUGAAGCAGCAGCAGAAGCUGGUGCUAAAUGUGAAAGAUCCUCCACUAGUCCACAUCGCCACAGCAACCACAAGACCAUGACCAAGUUUUCGAAGCAUGGAUCUUUAAAGUCUCACGAAGAGCUUGAGCUUCCCUCAGAGCUGACUGAGGACUGGGCCACCAUGGAGGUGUGUGUUGACUGUAAAAAGUUCAUCUCUGACAUCAUUGCGACCAGUAAGCACAGCCUGUCACUGGCCACCAAGAGGGCUCGUUUGAAACGUAAGACCCAGUCCUUUUACAUGUCCUCUCCUAAGGACAGGGAGGAGUACAGGCCCUCCGAACGGACGAUCAGUGAGAUCUGAAACCCGGCAGCAUUCCGCUACCACGGCACAAUCGCUCAGUUGGACGAGAAGAUUCCUGUUCAUGUCGUGUAUUCUUCAGUCAGAUGAAGCCUGAUGUGACCCGUGCUCUUAGACAGUGUGGUUUUGUUGCUGUGUCUUCAUCAUUAUGUACAGUCUCCUACAGACAACAACUACUGUGGAUUAUUUUUCUGUAAUAACCCUUUAAACUUGGCUGAAAAUGCCUGAGAGAUGCGUCAGAGAGGACCGACCUCCCUCCUGUCCCCUGACCCCGAGCCAACUCUCCUGGAAACAAUAAGCACAAGAGCAGAGGAGGACUGGUGUGAAUGUGGGUUUACCCCCCCGCCCAAAAAAAAACUGAAGCUGCAGGAGACACAGGACCUGCACAGAUCUCACUACGACCACGUCCAGAAGACAACAGCAGGACGGCAGCUCACAGACUCCAGCCACAACUCUGGUACAAAGACUAAGUUUAACUCCAUAAAGUUGGUCUUCAUACAGUCUUAACUGCUGGGAAUAUCAACCUGUUGUGAAUGCAGUUCAAACCCGAUCAAGUGUAUCUACAGUCAAUGAUAUUCUUGAAUUUUUGCUGUAUUUUGCAGCUGAUUUUUAUUGAAUCUAUGGAAAACAGAACACUGUACCCAUUUAUUAUCAGGGGUUAAAGUCCAUCAAUAUUGGUCACCUCCAUAAACCUGUUCAAUUAAUCACCAUACAACAGCAUUAAUGAUAUUUAUACUGUUCAUUUUUCACUGUAAUGCCCAGUGUAGUGUACACUUCAUCACCUACUAAUCAACAUCAAACCUGUGGCACAGGAAAACAUACUUUUUUUUAAAGGAUGCCGACAUUAACAGAUUAAUGGAUGAACAAUAGUUUUGUGUCCAGUCCUAUGUAUAAUAUGCGUUAUAGAGUACUGUCUUCUGCAGAGUCAUGUUUAUUUUUUCAGGUUUGCUUGUUCCUCAUUUGAAAUGAUUAAGGUGAUUUUUUUCUUCUGUACGUUAAUGUUGACAGUUGCAUGGCACUGUUUUUACCUCAACAUUAAUUUUCUGUCUACAGUUUUAUAAAACAUCAUGUUCAUCAGAAGUCCUCAUUUAAUGCCUUUAUAAUUUAUUACGUAUCAUUUACAGAGAUACUUUUAACCACAUUCCUGCCAAAAUAUUAUUGCCUUAAAGAUGUUUGUUUUUCUCAUGUGUUGAACCAUCGACUGCUGUUACUGUACAGACAUUGAUCGUAAUGGUGGCUGUGUCGUUCAGACUGCUGCAGAUGUGUGUCUCUGUGUCCAGUUGGUCAGCAACAGGACAGGAGUCGGAGGUCAAGGUGUGACAGACGGCAUCGUGCAUGUCCUACCCUGUAUUUACCCUCAAGCUCUAACAAGCUCCCUACAGAGUUUGCAUCAGAUGAUGACAAUGACAACAAUAAACAUGACUGGAAUACCUCCA